AAAAAACUGCGAAAUCGAGGAGAGGGACAGCGCCCAGAAUAACUGUAAACCUCUGCAAACUGUGGCAGCAUCGCGGUGGAAAUGAGACUCCGGUCAUAUUCUCCGGGCUGUCGGGCAUUAAAACAGAGGACAUGUCCAUCAGUUUGUUAAAGCCACAGUGCUGCACUCAACUCUCCAAGCAUGCCACAGUAGUGACAGUCUCUCUUUACUCAGCAGCACUGUUUUAUCCAAGAGAAACGUGCCUUGUAAGGAAGCAGGAUGUUCACAGGCUCCACAAAACUGCCACCCACUAAAACCCCGCAGCCCGAGCGGCUGGAUGAAGUGUACGCUGCCUUACGCCGAGGCUUACAGUCGUACUUGCAGGUCCACCAGCUGGAGCUGGACAGUCUGGGCCAGCAGACCAGAGAGAACAAGAGGAACGGUCGUUUGGGGUCUUUGUAUGAGUUGGAUAAGCAAGUGAAAGCUAUAGAGCGGUUUAUGCGUCGCCUGGAGUUCCACCUCAGCAAGGUUGAAGAGCUGUACGAUGCGUAUUGUAUACAGCGCCGACUGCGUGACGGAGCGAGUAAGAUGGUGGCGGCCUUUAACUCCGCCACUGGCAGCAAGGAGGCCAGAGAGAGCCUGAGUGAAGCCAACAAGGGCUACAGGGAAUGUACAGAGCACAUGUGCUCACUUGAGAGUGAAUUAGAAAGCCAGAUGGGAGAAUUUCAUGUCAAGAUGAAGGGCCUCGCUGGCUUUGCACGUCUGUGUGCCGGUGACCAGUAUGAGGUCCUAAUGCGUUAUGGGCGGCAACGCUGGAGGCUACGAGGCCGCGUGGAAGUCUGCAACAGGCAGAUUUGGGACAGUGAAGAGUACAUCUUCCUGCCUCUCGUCACAGAACUGCUGUCAAUCAAGGUGACGGAGCUGAAGGGCCUGGCCAAUCACGUGGUGGUGGGCAGCGUGUCCUGUGAAAUGCUCGACCUGUUCUGCCCGCUUCCCCAGACGCUCGCUGUGGAUAUCAACGACCUCGGGACAGUGAAGCUGAACCUAGAAGUCACCUGGAGUCCCUUUGAUAAGGACGACCAGACAUCCUCCACCAGUACGGUUUCCAAACGUCUGCUGUCCAAUCAGAGCCCUCCUGACACGCCCUCUAUGCGGGAGCAGGUGUUUUAUUCUCUGCUGAAGCGACAGGGUGAAAUGGAGAACGGGACCGUCUGGUCCAACUCCUCUGAAUCCUCUGACGACUCCUCCAGUCCGGCCUUGGCUCACCACGCUCAGAGGCUGGCGGCCUCCAACAUGCUGCAAACCACUCUCCCCCCUCAGCUGUCCUUCACGCCGCACAAGUCCAGCGCGUCGACGCCGUCGCUCUCAUCCAACCAAGAGGAAGAUGAGACAGAAGCCGGGGAGGUUUUCACUCAGGCAGACGCGGUGCCCAACGGCCAUCUGCAGACUUCCUGCUCUCAUAGUCCAGACUGCACUGUGACUGAUAAAGUGUCCGUCCAAUCAGCUGACCUCUCUGAAUCCUCAGCAGACCUGAGCUGCUCGUGCCCCGACGUUUCCUCUGUACCUCCUGUGUCGCUGAUAGAAGCACAGGAUUUGUCUGAAAGUGGCGUCCCACAAGUUUGUAUUUCAGUGGAGGAGGAAAAAGACGCAUCUGAGGAUUUGUCAGUAAAGGUUGGACAGACUGAAGCAGAAACAGAGGACAGCACCACUGGAGCAGGAGAGGGACGCCAGGUAGAAGCAUCAGAGAAACACAGAGAGCCACAUCAGUCCGUCCAGGAGUCAAAACCAGCGGAGGACGCUCUGACGGUUUCUUUUCCUACUUCUUCUAGUUUCACUCUGGAAGUCGAGACAGCCCUUGAAAGUUUUGACUUUCUCAACUGCUCUGAUCUUGAGGAAGAAGACGAGGAACAACAGGAAGACAAAGGAGAAAAGGAGGAUGAGGGGCAACAUGAAGAGAACCAAAACAAAAUGGAGGAAGAGAAAGCGGAGGAAGAAGAAAAGGAUGAAGACAACUUUUACUCUGGAAGAAGCGAUGAGGAGGAGGCCGACGCUCUACAGAUCUUCAUGGAAGCCCCAGAAGGAUUUAGGAACUCGGAUGAAGAUCGUUUCUCUGAAUCACAGGGGUCAAGCGUUGGGGACGCACAGGAUUUGUGUCAGAUGGAGAUGCCCGAGGAGAGGGAGGAGCACAGCGAGGAAAAGGGAGACGAGCAACAUGGGGAGGACACGUCCCAUGGUCAGGAGGAGCGCCCCACUUCUCCCACCCAUUUGGCCACUUCUGUCUUCUAAUGACACAGUGGAACCAUAGCUACACCAUUUCUCCCACUCUGACCUACUCAAGCCAUGUCCCUGUUCCACUCACUGCUCAGACAAACAAGCUCUUCCAUCACAGCCGAGUUUGUGCACAUAUUUGCCUAAAAGUAAACGUUGAGGUGUCUGCACCUCAGUCAUGACUGAAAGUCCCCCCCCCUCCAAAAACAGUCCCUUCAAAGUCCUCAUUUUUUUUUUUCAACACACAAUCCAUCACGUUGCCUGGGUUGAAGUGGGACACCACUUAGUUUACACUUUCAUUAACUGUUCUUGUCAUGUGAAAAUUCAAUGUCCAAAACAUUUCAGGAGCAGCUACAAGCGGCCUUGUUUGUGGAUUUAUUACAGAGCAUUUAUUAGUCUAGGAUGAUUAAUUUCUAUAAUCUAGUGAGGAGUCUACAAUCACUUACUGAGGUGCACCAAGUUUGCAUUCAAAGCUCUCAGUAUAUGUGGAUGAAAAAAACAAACGUAUCAGUGUACGGCCCAGAGCUCUUUCCACUGUCAGUGACAGAGAAAAAGACUUCACGAGCAUGUGAUGUUUGUCUGAAGACUUUCAUCGACGUGCUCUGGACAUUUAGUCAAACCUGGAAUGUACCCUGACCGAAUCUUUUCAUUUUCGGCAUCAGAGACCGUUAAUUAUCCAGAAAUACACACGGAGUGCAGAAGUUACAUUCAACCAUCAAAGCGACACAAGGAACAUUAGUAAUAUUAGGACUCAAUAUAAACACUUGUGACUCUUGAGUUUCUCCUCAAACUCACUUUGGUCCAACAUGAAAACAAUCUGCAGUGUAAAACUAUAUUUAAACCUGCAUGUGUGGCUGCCUCACACUGCCAGCAUGUCUGUAUAAAAAGCUCAACUGAUCAGUUUAAGUGUGUAAGCUAGGCUUCAGUGCAAGGAAGUCAUCAGGUCUGUAGCUGUGUUCAAAAGCCGCCUCACGGGGGCGCUAUAGUCCUUCAGCAUCAUGUUUUAUGUUGUUCUACAAAAGCCUCGUCAUUCAGAAAGUGCCUCAAGUGACAGAUGUAAGGUAUUAAAAUGCCACGACAGAAGAGAUCAGGCAAAAGAUAAGUGUUUAUUUUCUGAAUUACUUUAAGAGUGUGCACAAUAAGAGAUAUUUACUGUUUCAUAUAAAGAAUUGUAUAUGUCUUGAAAUGUUAAAAUGUUUAUGUUCAGAAAUGUUUCAACUUUAUAAAAGGUUUCUUUCAAAUGAG